GCUAAAGCCUCGUGCGUUCAGAGCACGCCUAACCUACAACUCCUCGUGCCUUUCAUCAGUCUUCAUUUGCGAGCGACGGCCCUUGACAUGGAAGCAUGGAUCAAACAGGUGAAUCGAAAUCAGCAAGGGUAUGAGCCGACACUAUGAGCACAGACCACGGAGUGAACAUUGCGCAGGAAUGAUGGCGAGGCUGAACGCGACCUGUGCCACUCCAUCCGCGCCCCCAAAAUUUCCAGCCUAUGAUCUUCAGCCUUCAGUUUCCCGUUUUGUCCUUGAACUCAUAUCGAUUUCUCACGACGACCACUCGGCAUCGCGCCUUGCUGCCACUUCGCGCCUCUUUCUUCUCCAGAAGCGCUUGUGCAUCUCGGAACCGACAGCUUUUGGCCGCACCACCGUAUCCCACCACAAAAGCACUCCUGAGUGCGGCGCAACCCGGCGAUCAAGAUGAGCACGUCAAUGCGCGACCUCAUUGAUGGGGAGGCCGAGCUCAACGAUGAGGAGGAUGAUGAGUCGUAUGACGAGGAGACUGGCGAGACUCGGCCCAGGGAGCGAGAGAAUAUGCUAGAUGACUCAAGCGAGGAAGACGAAGAUGAUGAGGACGAAGAGGAAGCGAGAAGGAUCCGAGAAGGUUUCAUCGUCGACGAGGAUGAAGAAGAAGAAGCUGAAGACUCCGAAGAGCGCGAGCGCCGUAAGAAGAAGAAGCGUCGCCGCGUCGAGCGCGAGGAAGAAGAGCAGCUUGACGAGGAGGAUCUCGACCUCAUCGGCGAAGCCAUCCCGGAGUGGGAACGGAAGUCCCAAGCUCAGACAAAAUUCAAGCGUCUCAAACGAGGCCACCGAGAUGAGGAUCGCGGCAACGAGCGACCCGAUCUGGCAGAGAUCUUUUCCGACGAUGACGAGGAAGUGGCCGACGACCGGGCCUACGGUCGCCCCAGUCACCGCGCGCAUGUCGACGAGUUCGACGACUUCAUUGAGGACGAUUACCCCGAAGACGACGAGGAGCGCAUCCAGCGCCAAGAGGACAUGGAAGUUGCUCGGCCUAGGGACAAGGGCCUGGCUGUCGAUGCGACAGGUCUCGAUAAAGAUGCCCUUGACGACAUGGAAGCAAUUUUCGGCACCGGCGAGGACUACGCCUGGGCUCUGGAGAUGGAGGAAGACGAGGAACUUCACGAGCAUGAGGAACAGACCAUUGAGCUGAAGGACGUCUUUGAACCCUCCCAACUGAAGGAAAAGCUUCUCACGGAUGAGGACAACCAGAUUCGCAUCAUCGACGAGCCCGAGCGGUUUCAGCUUGACCGCAAGCCCUUCAAAGAGCAACAGACGUCGGCCGAGUACUUCAAAGAAGAGGCACGUUGGAUCACCAAUCUUAUGUGGCCCAAGAAGCAGUUGCCCGCCGACCUUCAGGGGCCGUUCAACAAAGCUAUCGGCAAAGUCCUCGAGUUUUUUAUCAUUGACGGGGUCGAGGUUCCUUAUGUCUUCCAACACCGGAGAGAUUAUCUCAUCCACGCCAAGAAGAUCCGAAAUCAGAGCCACGACCACCCGGAUGGGCCCGAGGUCACGGUCGACGCCGAGAAGCUGCUGACCCAAGACGAUUUGUGGCGCGUCCUGGAACUGGACAUCAAGUUCCGGUCGCUGAUUGAGAAGAGGAAUGCCCUCGAGAGGUCGUACGACAAUCUGAAAGAAGCGGGUGUGCAUAGAGACGAUGUGCUCGACCAAAUGAUCCAUGAGGCGCAGACGCUGGAGGAGCUUCAAGAUUUGCAGGACUACCUGAACUUCCAGUACUCGGCCCAGCUCAAGGACAUUGCGGCCAUGGGCCACGGUGGCUCGAGGGAGAUGAAGCGGCCGGGCGCCAAGACGGCUCUCUUUGAGCGCAUCCGAAGGUCUCAAGCUUACAAGUUUGUUCAGGCUUUGGGCAUCUCGCCUGACCGCCUAGCACAAAACGCUCUUCGCCAAGGCAAAAAGGUGUCGCCAGAUGACGAUGCCAGGCUGCCUAUCGAUCUCGCUGACCAAUUGGCCGACGACGACUUUCCAACUGGGGAUCAGGUCAUCAAUGCUGCUCGCCAGAUGUAUGCCGAGGAGCUCUUCGUCAGCCCGCGUAUGCGCAAGCAUUUCCGCAUCCAGUACUACAACAUGGGUUCCGUGAGCUGCCGCCGAACCGAGAAGGGCCUCCGGAAGAUUGACGAGUCCCACCCCUAUUAUGAGAUUAAGUACCUCGUCAACCAUACCAUCAGGGACCUGGCAUUGCGGCCUGAAAUCUUCCUCAAGAUGAUGAAGGCCGAAGACGAGGGACUCGUGGAGGUGCAGCUCGGCCUGGAGAACGAACGCGAAUUCCGGCGGCAGCUCUACAGCGAAUUUGCGUCUGACAACUUCAGCGACCUCGCGGAUGCGUGGAACUUGGAGCGUCAAAAGGUGCUGGAUAUGGCCUUCCCGAAGUUGGAAAAGGUGAUCGUAAAGGGUGUGAAGGACUCCCUCCGGACAGCUUGCCAGGAAGAGCUCCUCAAAAUUUGCCGGGAGGAGUACUUCAAGCGACUUGACCAGGCACCCCUCAAACCAAAGGGUAUGGUUCUGGGAACCACGCCGCGCGUGCUCACCUUGUCCAAUGGCAUGGGUGAUCCGAAUCGUGACCCUGUUCACUGGACGUGGGUUGAAGAGGACGGCAGAGUGCUUGAGUACGGCCAGUUUGUUAACCUGGCAAGGGAUGAGAGCCAGCGGGACCUCUUUGCUGAGCUCGUGCGGCGCAGAAACCCCGAUGUCGUAGGCAUAUCCGGUUUCUCGGCCGACACUCACCGACUGGUCAAGGACGUCGAGGGCAUCAUCAGCGAGAAAGGGCUGAUGGGGCCCGAGUACGAUGACCCGGACACCAACGAGUACCGCAGCGACUUGCUCGAGGUUGUCAUUGUCAACGAUGAAGUGGCGCGUCUGUACAAAGACAGCCCACGAGCCGUUGCCGAACAUCCGACCCUGAAUCCUCUCACUCGGUAUUGCUUCGCUCUGGCUAGGUACAUGCAGAACCCGAUGAAGGAAUAUGCAGCACUGGGCAAGGACGUCACAUCUCUGCUGAUCCACCCGUAUCAGCAGUAUCUCCCACAAGACAAGCUGUACAAGCAUCUUGAGACGGCGAUGGUGGAUAUUGUCAACUUAUGUGGCGUGGAUAUCAAUGAAGCCAUGGGAGAUCCCUACACGGCCAACCUUCUGCCUUAUGUCGCCGGUCUUGGCCCGCGCAAGGCACAGCUUCUCAUCAAGGGCGUAAACGCGAAUGGAGGCGUUGUCACAUCGCGUGAUGAGCUGGUAGGAGAUCCGGAACGACAUAAGAUCCCAGUUCUCGGACCUCGAGUGUGGAACAACUGCGCCGGCUUCUUGUACAUUGAGCACGACAGCACCAACCCCGACUCGGAUCCGCUCGAUAACACGCGUAUCCAUCCCGAGGAUUACGAUUUGGCCCGCAAAGUCGCAGCGGAUGCCUUGGGGCUGGACGAGGAGGACGUCAAGGCCGAGACAGACGAGAACGGGCCGGGUGCGAUUGUCCGCAAGCUCUUCAAGGAGGACGAGCAAGAAAAGGUCAACGAGCUUAUCCUCGAGGAGUACGCCGAGCAACUGGAGCGCGAAUAUCAGCAGCGCAAGCGAGCCACGCUGGAGGCGAUCCGAGCCGAGCUGAUGGGUCCCUUUGAGGAGCUUCGAAAAAAUUUUGCCAUGCUGAGCUCCGACCAGAUCUUCACUAUGUUUACGGGCGAAACCAGGGACUCGCUGUGCGAGGGCAUGAUUGUCCCGGCCAAUGUCCGCGUGGUCAAGGAUGAUUUUGCCAUUCUCAAGCUGGACUGCGGGAUCGAGGGCAGGGUAGAGUCUCACGAGGUGUCGUACCGCCACUCCAUUAAAGACAUGCUGCAGGUGGGGCAGACUGUCCAGGCCAAGGUGAUCGACAUCAACCGGAAAGACUUUGUCUGCAAGCUUUCCAUGAGGGAAGAGGAGCUGCGGCGGCCGUAUCGCCGGCACUACGACAUGGGUCGUGGGCAGUGGGAUUACAAGCAGGAGGAGGAAGACCGGGAGGAGCUGCGGGAAAAGGACAAGGUUACAGGCCGCACACAGAGGGUCAUUAAACACCCUCUAUUCAAACCAUUCAACAGCACUCAGGCCGAGGAGUACUUGGGUGGCCUGCCGGCGGGAGAAGUGGUCAUCCGGCCGUCCUCAAAGGGUAACGACCACUUGGCCGUUACAUGGAAGGUCGCCGACGGCGUGUACCAGCACGUUGACGUGCUGGAGCUGCAGAAGGACAACGAAUUCUCGGUUGGCAAGGUCCUGCGGGUGGGCAGCAAGUACACGUACACGGAUCUGGACGAAUUGAUUGUGGAGCACGUCAAGGCGAUGGCCAAGAAGGUGGAGGAGCUCAUGCAGCAUGAGAAAUUCCAAAAAGGCUCUCGCGCAGACCUUGAGAAAUGGUUGACCACCUACAUCGAUGCUAACCCCAACCGGUCUACGUAUGCCUUUUGCUUGGACACCAAGCGUCCAGGAUAUUUUUACCUCUGUUUCAAAGCGUCGCGCAACUCCAAGGUCAACGCGUGGAUGGUGCGGGUGGUUCCCCACGGGUACGAGUUGUUGAAGAGCCAGUAUCCGGACAUGCGGGCGCUGUGCAACGGGUUUAAGCUCCGGUACCAGAGCGAGCUGCUGAAGAUGCAGGCGGGCGGCGGCGGCGCGAGGGGUCAUUGAGCCUUGAGACGUCAACGGGGCAGUUUCUUUCUUUUUUUUUUUCCCGCCUGCCCAUCAUAAGUCAAAAUCAGCGGUACCUUGAUCAUUAGGGAGGGCGGGGGAUAGUGGCGUUCAUCAAAUCCAUUGGUCCUUUGCACUCUUACAGGAUUGGCAGGGCAAUUCUUUAUCUUUGACAGAUGGUGUAGCUGGGUAAGAGGUGGCAAAGGCUAUUUAUUAUGAAACACAAGAUAAACAGUGUAUUUUCAAGGACAAAUGACUGCGCGACAGAUUUAGGUCACCAGUUAGCUCGUGUGCCGGCUUGUAGUUCAACAG